CUUUCUCUUUCUCUUCCUUCCUGUGAAAUCGCAAAUCGGAAAUCCGAUUCUCCACAGAAACCAAAACGCCGCCGCCGCCGAUUGAUUCUCUGAAAAUGGAUUCGCGGCGUCCAUUGGCGGCGUUACUGUCUCCAUUAAUCUCACAACUUCUCAUUCUCUUCCUCCUUCUCCUUCCUUCAUCAUCUUCAACAAAUCCUCUCUCAAUCCCCAAUUCUACUUUCGAAAACGCCUUACAAUGGAAUCUCCUCUCAAUCAUAACCCACUUCGUAACCACAGCCGAAAUCGCCGCUUCCUUCUUCCUCUUCCCUACCCGCGAUCGCAAGCGCCGUCGCCUCACAUCGUCCACCACCGAUAAUCACCGUUCGAUUCACAUAACAAGAGAUCCAGAUGUUUGCAAGCUCUUUUUUCGAAUGACUUCAUCCACCUUCGAAUGGCUAUCUGGACUUCUCGAACCCUUACUCGAUUGCCGUGACCCAAUCGAUUCACCGCUCAAUCUCUCGUCAGAAAUCCGACUCGCAAUCGCCCUUUUCCGACUCUCAUCAGGCGCGGAUUACCCAGAUAUCUCUCGCCGAUUCAACGUUUCCGAACCAUCCGCCAGAUUCUGCGUUAAACAGUUUUGUAGAGUUCUUUGCACGAAUUUCCGAUUCUGGGUCGGAUUCCCCAACCCCGCCGAACUCAUCCCCGUCUCCGCCGCCUUCGAAACCCUCACCGGUUUACCCAAUUGCUGCGGAGUUAUUAGCUGUACGAGAUUCGAUAUCGUCGGAGAAACAUCAUCAGAAAACCGGAGCAGCAUCGCCGCGCAAAUUGUAGUUGAUUCGUCAUCUCGAAUCCUCAACAUCGUCGCCGGAUUUCGCGGCGAAACCCAGAAUUUCCAGAUUCUGCAAUCGUCAACACUGUGUAAAGAUAUCGAAAGUGGGGAUUUACUAGACUCGCCACCGAUUCACAUAAAUGGGAUUCCUGUCCCUCAAUACUUAGUGGGUUUGAGAUCGUAUCCUCUUUUGAAUUGGCUGGUUGUUCCUUACUCAAAUGAUCAUGAGGUUGGGUCUGAGGAAGAGAAAUUGAACAAUGCUCUUGGGUUAAUGAGGCCGGCGGCGAUGAGGACGAUUGCUAGCUUGAAGAAAUGGGGGGCUUUGAGUAAACCGAUAGAAGCAGAGAAGAAGAUGGCGGUUGCUUACAUUGGUGCUUGCUCGAUUCUGCACAAUGUGUUGCUUAUGAGGGAUGAGGAGGAUUCAGGUAUGGAGCAGGAAGGUUUGAAAUUGGAUGAGGAAAGCUUUGAUGAUUUCAAUGGGGAGAGCAAUUUUGAGGAGGAUUGUAGAGCGUUGGAUAUAAGAAGAGUAUUGGGUACAAGAAUCAAAUAAAUUGUGGGUUGUUUAUGAAGAAUAUGAAGAUGAAUUGUGCAUUCUUUUCCAUAAGUGAUCGAUGAAACUCUUGAGGAGUGUCCUUCUACUUAUGGAUAAUAACAAUUGUCUCUUUAUUAGGGUUUAGUAAACCAUGAUCAAACAAAGAUGUUUACUUCUUAGAUUGGUUGGUAUCUUGUUCUUAUCAAAAAGCUAAUAACAAACACUACAAUUUUGUAUUUGAAAUUUGAUUUUGU